GUUUGACUGUCUACUAUUGACAUUUGACGUGUUGGGGACACACUCGGCUCCUGCUUGGAGUCAACCCCCCAGGUCUCACAAUGGAAGGUCUGGCGCUAGGCGAAAAUUAUGGCCUAUUCUUACCUCAUGCUGGACCAUCCACAUAUCGUCGACGAUCAAGCACACCAAAUAGUCAUGGCGCGUUAAACGAGGGUGCGAUCAAUGUAGACGAGCGAGCCGAGGACUCAGGGAGGUCUUCGAAAGAGAUCAAACGGCUCAGAAAGCUCGAGAGAGCGCAAGCGAAAGCCAUGAGAGCUGCCAAGGACGCUAGGACGGCUUUGGUCCAUGAGAAUGAGGCAGGGGAUUUUGAUGUGUCGGCAACGGACGAGAGGGAUCGCAAGCCAAAGGAAAGCGUAAUCGAGAAGAAGCGGAGAGUUGAGCGUCGCGAUCUAGAGAACGUCGGAGCCAUCCACGGUGACGAAAUGCCGCCUAGAGGUAGGAAGUCGAAAUCUCAAUCUGGAUGGAAGAAAGCCAAACGACCUCCCCAACCUCCCGUACCUUCUUCAGACCCUGAAGACCCUUUCACCUCUUCGCCUGACAAGCUACCUCCUUCAUCGCUCCCCUCCAGCCCCGACAACCGAAUCGAUCCUCGACUCGACUUCCCUCCGAGUUCGCCACCAUUACGGUUCCCCGGAAGGUCGGGAAGAAUCUUCAGUGCCAAGCAUCCCGAAGUCAAUGGGAAGGAUCCAUUCGCCAAAUUGCUCUUCGCCGAUGAGCAGGGGACCUGUCAGCCAAUCUCAGAGGGACAUCCAGCAGAGCACAAGACGAAGAAUCACAAGUCCCAGUCGUCUGUACCUCAUCCCGGUGAGAAGCCACCAGCAGGAGCGGCAAGCAAGAAGUCCAAGAAGGACAGUCGGAGUGGGAAGCCUGAUAGACUUAUGGAUGUUGGCACUGCCAAAGUUCCAGAUGACAUCGUCUCUUCUUCUAAAGGUGCAGCCACCGGUUUACCUCCCAGAAAGCGAAGGAAGAAGAUCGGCGAGACAGAGACGUAUGAGGAGCUCAGGAAGGAAUUUAGGAAACCCGCGGCGAUGCACCAAUGGCUGGCGAGUAAAUGGGUCAAUCUGGGGGAGCUCAAGAGGCUUGAGGAGAGAGGCAUCAUCCAGUACAAGAAGGGCAAAUUCAGCGAUGCAGAGAAAGCUGCCAUUCGAGAAUACCUCACGACAUUCAAACAGGUCAAUCGGGUAGACCAAGCCGAGCUCGUCGAAUUGAUACACGCCAAAGGCCGGUUUAGCGAGAGAAAAGAGUUCCCAAAGUUUUGGCCUGAAGUUGCCGCUGUCGUCCCAGGCCGUCCAGUCAAAUACGUUAAAGAUCAUGUGAAGCGAGUAUUUGAUCCGCUGGCUCGCAAAGGUCCAUGGACACCGAAAGAAGAUGAACUUUUGACUAGGGCUCAGCAGAGUCAUCCGAAUCAAUGGGCCAAGAUUUCCCAGAUUGUCGAGAGACCUGAAUUAGAUUGUCGAUGUCGUUGGCGUGAUGAGCUGCAACAUGUUGAUACGAAGCAGGAGGGUCACUGGACCCAGGAUGAAAGUACUCGGCUAAUUGAGAUCGUCAUGGAACUGAACACCUCGCUGGGGCAAGACCCACAUGGGUCCGAAGCGCCCUGGGACUUGGUGGUGGAGAAGAUGAACGGUCAAAGGACCAGGACGCAAUGUCGGAAGAAAUGGCAAGCCGAAUUGCGUUUCACCGCAGCUCAAUUGCCCAAACCCCCCGCUCGUGUCAAGCGUAAAAAGCGGAAGGAGACGGCAUCCGCUUCAGGCGUCUCUCAGGCCCAAGGAGCCGACGCAUCGGCAAGGGAACAUAAAGUGAAGAAGCACAAGGUGAUGCCCAAGGUCCCCAAGAGCCCAGCGCAACCUACCAAAUCAAGGAUUAAGAGCAGAGAGACGGUCGACUCGGAUCUGGACGCUUGAUGAAUGAGCAUUCUUCAGCCAGUGGCGUGAAUGAAGUAAUCUUAGACCUCGUGUAGCAUAUAUGAGAUUUGUUGACGUAGCCAACAGCGUUGUUGUAUAUUCCAAACAGUUUAGACAUGCACAGUACAUUUCGGA